AUGGGAGCAAAAGAGGAAGAUUUAGCUUGUAAUUCAACUAAAAAUAAUUCUCAGGCAAAAGAAAAAAUCCCAUCGGUAGUAAUUUCCAAAGCAUGGCAGGAUUAUCACGAAUCGAAAGAGAGAAAGAAAAAGGAGGAAGAAGAGAGAAAGAUAAAGAAAGCUGAGGAACGAAGAAACAAGAGAGAACUGCAGAUCAAAUUGAAAGAACAGAAAAAGGCAGCAAAAGACAAUAAAGCUAAAGUUAACAACCAUUCAUCUAAAAAACGAACCUACAGGUGUAGUUUUUCGUCAGAUUCUGAAACGUCUGCCUCUUGGAAGUCUUCCGGAAGUAGCGAUGGAAUUCAGAAUGAUAAUAUGGGUGGAAAUGGCGAUGAAGAAGAACAGUUUCACGAUGAAAAUAUGGAUGGAAAUGGAGAUGAAGGAGAACAAUUAUUAGUUGACAUUGGUAACCAGGACAGGGUAUUCAAGGAGAGUGAUCAUGUUUUAGUCGAGUUUCCUGGAAGAAGGCGACAGCACAAAUAUGUCUGUGUUAUUCAAAGACUGUUGUCGGAGGGCGAAGCUGAAGUUGUCGCAAUGAAACGAUCUGAAAAUACAGAGUUCUUCAAACUGAAUGAAGAUGAUGAUCUUGAACUGACUAAAGAUAUGUGUUUUUGUGGUUAUUGCCAGGAAGAAUUGGGCACACUGGCAAAUCUGAUGGCUGCCUCAUGUAUUUCUCACAUAUGUUUAAAAUCGUAUGAUGAUUUAAAUGUCGACAUGAAAACACAUAAAAUUUGGGGAAGUUCUCUCAAACCUUGUGCAGAAAGAAUUGAAACUGAUAGAAAUAACAAUGCUAGUAGCAGUGGAAGUUCUACCAAGCCUCCUGCUGAACCUUGUAAAGAAAGAAAUAAAACUGAUAGAGAGAACAAGGCUAGUAGCAGCGGAAGUUCUACCAAGCCUCCCUCUGAUAGAAAAGAGGACACUAAUAAUUGGUCAGACCAGGAGACCAAGCUUCUGAUAUGCCUCUACACAGAGCAUAAACAUAAAUUUUUAUCUCCAAUGUACAACAAAAAGAAUGUAUGGAACAUCAUUAGUGAGAGAUUGAAAGAGUUGGGAACAAAUAAAUCUGCAUUGAAAUGUGAUGAAAAAUGGAGGAAUAUGAAAAAAACUUAUGAUAAGGUUCUUAAAGAUAAGAAAUUAACUGGAAAUUCUAAUUCAUAUUGGAGAUAUUUUGACGAUUUCCAUGAAAUAUAUUUUCAUGACCCACUAUGUACAGUGUCCAGUACAGGGUCAAUAAAAACCAGUAUAGCUCCAAAAAUAUCUGAAGAUGUGCCAAUAGAAACUAGUUCGGAGGAACAACUUGCCAAGAAACGCAAGGUAGAGAAAGCUAAAGAAAGUAAAACCCUAACUUCUGCCCAAAUUGAAGACAGACGACAGCAACGUCAUAAAGAAAAAAUGAAAAUGAAGGCUGAAAUGUUCAGUUGGUUCAAGGAAAAUUUUGGAUCGAAUAGGCCAAAAGAAGGUAACAACUAAAGCAGCUAGUGCUACAUUCUCUUGAAAAAAUCACCUGAUGAACUGAUCAUAAUAUAUUUUAUUUUUUUCUUAGAGAUGUUUACUUCAGUUUUUAGUGUUGCAGAACAUAGUUUUUGUUCCAAAGAUCAUUGUGAUUUUUCCUAUGAAAUAUGAUUUAGUUCGUGUUUAGAACAUGGAAGAUUAGACUGUUAUUUUCUCAUGUGGGUUUGAAAUAAA